UUGGGAGUAAUUUUAUAUCUGUAACGACUUUCGUUUCCUGUGUAACAACAUUUUGGACCAUUUGAUUUAUUUGUUGGUCUUUGCAUAUAUUGUAUUAAAAAGAAACACUAUAUAUAAACCUCAACUGAAUCACUCCCCAAUUAAAAAGAUAACAAUCAAAAGAAUAGAAUGACAGGAAAAUAUCUUUCUUUACUAGUUCUAGUUCUCGGCAUUGUCAUAGCCACCGGAUAUCAUUAUUAUUCAACACCUAAAGUAAAAAGAAGUGAUUUUCCAAAAGAUUUCAUUUUUGGAUCUUCAACAUCUGCUUACCAGAUUGAAGGAGCGGCUCAUGAGGAUGGUAAAGGAGCAAGUAUCUGGGAUACUUUCACUGAAAAACAUCCAGAGAGAAUAAAGGAUGGUAGCAAUGGGUCUGUUGCAGCUGACUCUUACCAUCUUUACAAGGAAGAUGUGGCUUUAAUGCAUCAAAUUGGUCUCAAUGCUUACAGAUUCUCUAUCUCAUGGUCAAGAAUAUUGCCUCAUGGGAAUCUUAAAGGAGGAAUCAACCAGGCUGGUAUUGACUAUUACAACAACUUGAUCAAUGAGCUUUUGUCCAAAGGAAUUACGCCGUUUGCCACCAUUUAUCAUUGGGACACACCACAGGGCAUUGAAGAUGCUUACGGUGGACUUCUUGGCGCAGAAUUUGUAAACGAUUUCCGCGAUUAUGCGGAUAUUUGCUUUAAGAAUUUUGGAGAUAGAGUGAAGUACUGGUUGACAAUGAACGAGCCAUUGUCAGUGGUGCAAGGAGGGUAUGGUCAAGGUAAAACAGCUCCAGGAAGAUGCUCUAAAUUCACAAACCCUAAAUGCACCGCUGGAGAUGGAGCAACUGAGCCUUAUAUCGUUGGUCAUAACCUCAUCCUUUCUCACGGAGCAGCUGUAGAAGUCUACAGAGAAAAAUACAAUACAUCUCAAAAAGGUCAAAUUGGUAUUGCCUUGAACACGCCUUGGAACUUGCCCUAUUCAGAAGAAUCAGCCGAGGAUAAGUUAGCUGUGGCACGAUUCAUGGCAUUCUCAUUUGACUUCUUUAUGGAACCCCUUGUGACCGGUAAAUACCCACUCGAUAUGGUCAACAAUGUAGGCGGUCGCUUGCCUACAUUCACUGAACAACAAUCUAAGAUGCUUAAGGGCUCAUAUGAUUUCAUUGGCAUCAAUUAUUACUCUUCCUCUUAUGCAAUGGAUGUUCCAUGCUCUACCGAACAUGUUACACUGUUCUCGGAUCCGUGUGUCAACACCACAGGUGAACGAAAAGGAGUUCCCAUCGGUCCUAAGGCUGCAUCAGAUUGGCUUUUGAUAUAUCCAAAGGGACUUCGCGAUCUUAUCCUCUAUGCAAAAUAUAAGUUUAAAGAUCCGGUCAUCUACAUAACCGAAAACGGGAGAGAUGAAUUUAAUACCGGUGAAAAAUUUGAUAAAAAAUUUCUUAAAGACGGCGAUAGGAUCGAUUACUACACUCAACAUUUUGAGAUGCUUAAAGACGCGAUCUCGAUUGGAGCUCAGGUGAAGGGAUUUUUUGUAUGGUCGUUGUUGGACAAUUUUGAAUGGAGCACAGGAUACACCGUUCGAUUUGGGCUUGUUUAUGUGGAUUUCAACGACGGAUGUAAAAGAAAGCUGAAAGAUUCGGCUCAUUGGUUCAGAAAUUUCUUAAAAUAAAAGAAAAGAAAUUGAUGGAGACGGUACUAUUUUUUUUUGUCAACGGAGACGGUACUAUCCGUUUGGAAAUAAUAAGCAAUAUCCUAGUUUAAAUUUUUAUAAUAAGAAAAUAAUACGGAAUCCUAAGAA